UUCAGUUUUAAGGAUACCGAAUAAUUUAAAUGUAUAAUUUAUUAAAUGAUAUUUUUAGAUGAAAUGUUUGGUUCAGGUCGACCAUUGUAUUGAAUUUAUUUUUGAAAAUAAUGUGAUGAAACAUAAAGCUUAUUGUUGAUAUAACUUACAGCAGGAUUUACAAAUAUUAUUCACUUUUGAGCAAAUAUUUGACAAUGUGGACGAAAAUUAUUCCAGUUCUUUUUGUGUUGUUGACAACUUACGCCUAUCCGAAUGGACCACCGAAAAGCGUGUGCAAGGACGGUAUGCCUGUUCAUGUUAAGGAUGGCAAAAAUGUCCCACCCCAGAACACUUCAAGUCCUUUUGUUAUAGAUGUUAAUUCUACUGUUGUGCGACCAGGAGACACAAUUCGGAUCAAAGUUCACAGCAAUCAGGGCGAAAUGUUUCGCGGACUUUUCCUACAGGUACACCCGAUUCCUAAUGGCGCAGACGACGAAGUAAAAUAUGAAGCUGCUGGUCUUUUUGAUAGGAAAAUUAAGAAUGUGAAAAUUAUGACCUGUAGAAUACUGCUAGAUACAUUGACACAUAAAGAUUCAUUCAUGAAAAUUGAAGCAAACUUUGACUGGAGAGCGCCUCUGUAUCUCACACGCGAUGUAGUUGUUAGAGCGACAAUUUUAAAGAAUUUUGAUACUUACUGGCAUAAUGUUGAGUCGCCAAGAAUUAUACUGCUUAAAGAAGAGACAUCAGCGGUUAAAAAUCUUGAGAAACCGUGGCUGGAAGAGAUCAUAAAAACUGUUAAAGCUGAAGAAGAUAUUAAACUUAGACGUGAACUUGCAAGAGCAAGAUUUGAGCGAGGUUUCAAGAAAGCAAUAGAUCCUAAUGGAUUUAUUAUGAUAAAUUAUGUAACUAACCUGCUUCCCUUCGAAGACAGCCCUGUUCCUACAGCCGUCAUUUCCAAGGAUUAUUCAAAAGGCAAGAACGAAUCAACACAGGAGGCUCCCUCUGGAACUAUUUCUGAUAAUAACGAAUUGACCAAUCAGAAUACAUCUAUUGAUGAUGCUGAAACUUUUACGGACAAUAAAACAGGUGCUGGUGGUAAAUCUGACAGUGAUAAAAGCCUUUUUCAGAAUAGGACAAACUUUGAAAAUAAAACAAUGUCGAAAAAUAUUCAUGGGGAAGAGUUUAGUGUCGGACAAGUACAUACUGAUGACAGUUAUGCAGAUUUGCUAAACAAAACGUUCGAUCUGACACAUACGAAAAACACCCCCAUACUGGAAAGGUAUUAUCAAGUACUUGUGAGAAGUUUGCUGAAGGGAGAUAAAAUGGUAGCGGACACACUGGGUGAACUUAUAGAACAAAAUUAACUUCGUGAAAUGCAAACUUUCAAUUUGACAUAGUCAAUAUAAAAACUUUUGAUUCGUCUAAAAUGAGGACUACUGCAACUUCUUCCAAAAACAGGACGAAAUUAGGAAUUAAAGAGACUUCAUAAUACUUCUUUCAAAUGUGUUUCGUGUUACGUCGGUCAAUUAACUAAACAAGAACUUCUAAAUUCUGUAUCUUUCUUUGCAAGUAAUUAGCAAUUUCAAUUUCCUCACAUUGAUCACAUUGAUAUGUAGUGGAGUACGAAUGACGACAGGCAUGAGUUGUCUUCAGACUAAACACGCCGAGAUUAGAUAUCGAACUUGUGACCUCACAAUUCAUUUCCUGUACUGUGCUCUCCAUACUUAACCAAAAUAUAACUCAUUUCUUAACUGUUAAUAUCAUCAUUAUAACAAUA